AUGCAAGGCCUCGCGGCAUCAUCUUCCAAGCUGUCUCUGACCAUCGUGGUCGUGGUGUUCCUGCUGGGCUUGGCGGGCGCCGCGGACGGCCGCAGGCGGCUCGUCUCCAGCAGCCCCGACGAGCCAUGCAAGAAGAUGACGCUCUACUUCCACGACAUCCUCUACGAUGGCGGCAACAACACGGCCAAUGCGACGUCAGCGGCGGCGACGAACCCGACGGCGCUGAGCAACAGCACCUACCUUGGCAUGCUGGUGGUGUUCGACGAUCCCGUGACGGAAAGGAACGCGCUACCCGUUGGGAAGGAGGUGCCGGCGGCGCGCGCGCAGGGGUUCUACUUCUACGACGAGAAAACGCGGGACAUCUCCGUCGUCGGCGGCACCGGUGACUUCUUCAUGGCGCGUGGCAUAGCCACGCUUCGCACCGACGCCUUGGAGGGCUUGUACUACUUCCGGCUGCAGAUGGAUAUCAAGCUCUACGAGUGCUAUGUGUAA